AUGAUAGAAACCAUUCAGUCGGCAUUCUUCUCUGUGGGGGGUGCCGUGCAGAAAUUCUUUCGUCACGAUCACACUGCCGCGCAACCCCGGGAAAAGGAUCCCAGCGCAAAGCGUCUCAAACUCAGUACCACAUCAGCCAAGAGCAACGGAGAUGGCCACGAGGGAGUCACGGCGGGGUUUGUUGAUGAAGUCUCGGGCUUGAAAUCAGGCGUGGCCAGCGAGUCGCACGCAGGCAAUGCGAGCCUAGGCCGCGGCUCUCUACCUUCGCCACCACCUUCACCAAGGAAGCGCGACGUGCGCCAGCCACACAGCAAAGCGCGCAGGUUUCUUGACAGAUUCCGCUCAUCUUCUUCUCAAUAUGCAUUUGGACCGAGUCUUGACAAUGCUUUCGAUGCAACGCGUAAGAGACCCUCAACCAGAGACAUACUCAAGGGGAAGCGGCGGGCGGCGUCACGGCAAGCGUCGAAACGAGCUGGGCCGUCACGCCUGCCCAAGCCUGUGAGAUUUACAAAAAUUCUGGAGAAGCCAGAGGGGCCUGAAGCGAAACCUCCGGUCAUGGAUGACUUGCCCAGCAUCAUCGAUAAACUCACGCUUGAGUCGCAGCCAACAGCUUCGUCGGCAGCCGACGAAGUGUUUUCCGAUCCCCUGACAUCCCACUACAAACCCAGCUAUUUCAAAACGCGUGAAGAUGACCCUGCCAACUACGAUGAUCGUAUAGAGGCCAUCUUUGAUGAGAAGCAGCCAUGGUCGCUCGAGCUCAACACCGUGGUGGGAGAUACCAUCCAAGCGCAACGCAAGACGCGAGUCUCUGAUGAGGAGAUUACUCGCGAAUAUAUCAUAAAUCUGCAACAAUACGACGUACGUGAUCCUUGUCGACCGCUGCUGCUCUCGUUAUCCGAGCAGAUGAGCAAACGAACUGUUAGCACCAUAUAUGCGAAGCCUGAUGCUGUCCUAGCAAAGGCAGCUGAUUCAACACCAUUGCAUCGCCAUGACUUCUGCAGAGUCAUACCCAAGACAGAAUGGCUUAAUGACGAGAUUGUUAAUGGAGUUUUGUCCUGGCUGGACCAGGCAGUCAAUCAUAUUGGCGGUGUUGACGACCCCAAGUCACAGACCCGAAAAUGUCUCGUCAUGACAUCUUUCUACUAUAAACAAAUAAAGACGGCUUGCAAAAACACGCAGAGGACGCUGAAGCGAAAGGGGGUCACGAAAGAGAAUCUACUCAAGGUCAACACGAUUUUGCUGCCAAUUUGCGAACAUUCGCAUUGGACGCUGAUGGUCAUCAACCCGUCGAAAAAGACGGUGGCCCAUGUUGAUUCAUUGAACCCACGUGGGACAAAAUCGGUCACAGAUCUCGCUCUAAUGUGGAUGAAGGACGCGUUGGAUGAGAAGUUUGUUCCUGCGGAGUGGUCAACAAUCAAGUAUGAUCACCCGGCGCAGACGAAUGGAUACGACUGCGGUGUUCACACGAUAUGCAACGCGAUUUGCGUUGCUGUUGGUGUUGAUCCAUUUGCGGCUUAUAAAGCUGCUGAAAUGCCUGCGUUACGACUGCAAAUGUCGGCAGUCUUGGUGAAUGGAGGGUUUACAGGAGAGCUGGAUCUUCUCGGAUUCUAA